GUUCCUUCUGUGGAAAACAAAGGCGGGAUCUCGAAGACCACGCCCCUCUCCCAGCUGUUAUCAAUGAAACUCUCAAUCUACAGUUGAUUUUAACAGACCGGUCGGAGAAUUCAACAAGUGCUCUCUAGAUACAUUCGUAGUAGAUUUUAAUAUCAUCACCAAAAGUAACUUACUUUAUCAAUCUCUUCGAUUUUCCACAGGAAGAAGCCUGCUUUAUUCUUGUUGCUUAGAACAAAUAGUUUAUUAUUUAUUUUUUUAAAUCUUUUUAAACACAUUAUUUGCAGUCAUGAUUUCAAGUAGUGAGCCUUUGGAGAUAAGUAGCAAUGAGCUGGUUCACAUCCUGAGGACCCCCAUGGAGCAGUACACCUCUGCUGGGUGUGUGGUGCUCGACUGCAGACCCUUCCUCAAUUUUUCCUUUGCGCACAUUUGCGAGUCCCGAAACGUCAACUGGAACUCAAUGAUGCGCCGUAGAUCCAAGACCUCGGUGGUGGCUCUGGAGUGGCUCAUACCGGACAAGGCGCUCCUGGGCCGGCUGCGGCGCGGGGACUUCUCCCCGGUGGUGGUGGUGGAUGAGAGCAGCCGCUCCGUGGCCGAGCUGAGGCCGGAGAGCGUGGCGCAGAUGCUACUCACCGCCCUGCACAACGAGGUUAACACGCAGAUCUGCUUCCUACAAGGUGGAUUGGAGGGAUUUUCUGAGGCCUAUCCAGAGCUCUGUUACAGCUCAGCCUGCAGUCAGCUCUCUGCAGUGGAACCAGAGCCCAUGGUGACGGGUCGGAGAACACCAGCAUAUGAUAGGGAUGGUCCGGUGGAGCUGCUGCCCUUCCUGUUUUUGGGCAGUGCCAUCCACUCCUCCCGCAGAGAGACCCUCGCAGCAGCGGGCAUCACUGCUGUGCUCAAUGUUUCCUCGACAUGCCCAAACUUCUUUGAGGGGGAUUUUCAGUAUCUGCAGCUCAUGGUGGAGGACAAUCUGGCUGCUGACAUCGGAGCCUGCUUCUCCAGAGCCAUCGCUUUCAUCGACUCGGUGAAGCAGAGUGGUGGUCGGGUGCUGGUGCACUGCCAGGCAGGUAUUUCCCGCUCCGCCACCAUCUGUCUGGCCUACCUCAUGCACACGCAGCGCGUCAAGCUCGACGAGGCCUUCGACUUUGUGAAGCAACGCCGCCAGGUCAUCUCCCCCAACCUGGCCUUCAUGGGACAGCUGCUGCAGUUUGAAACUGACGUGCUGUGCCAGGGAUGAAGACAUUGACACAUUUUAUAUGACUAUUAUUUUUUAUGAGGAAAGCUACUUGUGCUGCUGGCAUCACAAGGCUGGGGAAGCUGGACUUUUACUUUCAGGAGGAACUGAAAAACAGCAGAUGGUAAUAUAAAGGUGUUAUGAACAAUUGUGAUUCUGAGCCAGCAAGUUGGAGCAGCAAUCGGGUGACUUCCCUGACAUUUUUUAUACUGCAGGGGAUGGGGCCUGGUUGUCUAAGUUGAGUGUUUGUGCGUCUGUGUUUUGGUAUUGUGUUUGACUUAUGUGCCUGAUCAUUUGCAAGGGCUGUCUUAUUUUCAUAUUUCAGUCAUUCCUUCACAUUUACAACCACUGUGACAUGACCUGUCUUUAAACGAGAUAACACUGUGUUAACUACUUAAGGCAAUGCUGGAAGACUCAGGUUUAUUUGUGAAAGUUAUAGAAAUGCACUAACUUCGGUUGGUUUGGCAUCAUUCUGUAUCCUGACAUGGAUUACACUCGGUGCAUUCAAGCUGGAAGAAGAUGUUUUUGUCAUGUGAAUCUUAUUUUUAAUAAUUAUUUCAGUAUUUGUCUGACGGUGUUAGCAUUAUUACUGUCUUUAACUGCACUUUAUCGUUUGGCUGAUUCCUGCUGUUUUUUCCACUUAAAUUAAAACAUGUUGAACAAUGUGAGUCUGUAUAAUGUUCUUACUUCAUGUGUCCUGUGACACACAUUGCACAUACUAUAUUCUAAAA